GCAGCAGGAACAGAGGCAGAAGGGGUCCUGCAGCGACAGCGUUGUCAGCGGGGGUGGCCAAGGGAGCUGAGCACUGAGGGGACUCGCCCACUCGGAAGCUGGAUCCGGAGCCAGGCAGGAUGGAUCACCACCAGCCGGGGACUGGGCGCUACCGGGUGCUUCUUAAUGAAGAGGAUAACUUAGAAUCAUUGGCCAUAGAGCAGCCAUCUACUUCAAACCCAGCAACACAGAUUGUGCAGGCUGCCUCUUCAGCACCAGCACUUGAAACUGACUCUUCACCUCCACCGUAUAGUAGUAUUACUGUGGAAGUACCUACAACUUCAGAUACAGAAGUUUAUGGUGAGUCUUAUCCUGUGCCAUCUCUCUAUAGUGUUGCUGCCUCUCUUCCUACAUACGAUGAAGCUGAGAAGGCUAAAGCUGCUGCAGUGGCAGAUGCAGCAGAAACAUCUCAAAGAAUUCAGGAGAAAGAGUGUCCACCAAGAGAUGACUUCAGUGAUGCAGACCAGCUCAGAGUGGGGAAUAAUGGCAUUUUCAUGCUGGCAUUUUUCAUGGCAUUUAUUUUCAACUGGCUUGGAUUUUGUUUAUUUUUCUGUAUCACCAAUACCAUAGCUGGACAGUAUGGUGCUAUCUGCGGAUUUGGCCUUUCCUUGAUCAAAUGGAUCCUUAUUGUCAGGUUUUCUGAUUAUUUUACUGGAUAUUUCAAUGGACAGUAUUGGCUUUGGUGGAUAUUUCUUGUACUUGGCCUGCUCCUUUUCUUCAGAGGAUUCGUUAAUUAUCUAAAAGUCAGAAACAUGUCUGAAAGUAUGGCAGCUGCUCAUAGAACAACGUAUUUCUUCUUCUUAUAGAGACUGCAUCAACCCAACAUUCCUUUCUUAUACCAAUGUGAAAUUUCCAGAUCAUCAGUAAACCUACAACUUUAAUAGGAUAGAAGACUACUAAUAGCAGAAGACAAAUUAGUGAAGAAAAGACAGAGCUUUGAAAUUAAAUGGCAGGGUGGUUUAUGUUUACAGGCCACUUCUGUUCAUUCUUUAAGUAUCUAUAUUUCAUUUGUUUUGCACAUAUGCAUAUGUGCCCACUUAAGGGAUUUGCAUAUACUUUAAAGAAAUCAUAAAGUUGUAGCACUUGAGUCCAGUCA